AUGGCAACUGAUCUUAGGAACUCCAAGAAUUUCUUCGAAUCAGUAAGGCCAGUAAAAUAUAGCGAAAGAUCUCUUGAAAUGACUGUUGCAGAAAAAUCAAUUUUUGAUAAAGUUUCUACAAUUGAUUUUAAAACACCACCACAGAUUCAGUUCAUGUGUAAGAACAUGUCUACAUUAUAUCAAGCUACAGAUUUCAAUCAAAACGAAAGAUUAAGAUUUUUAUGCGAAAAAUACGAUGUAAACGUUAAACCAGGAAGAUUCAUUGCCCACUUUGGAAUUUUGCUUGGUUUAUUAUGCGCCCAAUGGCUAGGAGAAGCAAUAGAAAUAAUUCCUCGAUGUUUUUGCAGUGAUUACUGGUUUGAUGUUAGUCAGACCAUACAAGAAUACGAAAACUGGCAGCACAUUCUUGUUAUUAUCAAAUUAAUUAAUAAUAUCAAAAUUGAAACUCCACAGCAACAAGAUUUAUUCGAUUCUCUACAAUUAAAGCGAUAUUUAGCUAGUGGUAGACCCCCUUUUCCAGGAUCAACUCCUCGUCUUAUUCUUACAGCUUUUCUUGCAAGAGCUGUUUCAAGUAGUCCUGUCCAAUUAAGCCAAUGCGAUGACUUAAAGAUAUACUUUAAGUUUAGAAAGAAUUGUGGCUUCACAACUCAUGAAAAUACAAUUGAAUCAAUUCAUCACGAAUUCUUUUGCACUUUUUCAAUUCCUAAUGGACCAAUUCCUGAAGAAGGUGAUAAGGUUAGUAUCGCACAUCCACUGAGCGGAGAAUGGACUGAAGGAACCACAAUCUCUGUAAAUAAUGGAAGAAUUUUUGUUCAAUUGGGCGAUUUGAUAUCUCAAAUGCCCAUUUUGGCUUUGUUCUGGGAUGGAAGAGGCUUAUGGAAAGAAGGAACUAUCACAAAACGUAUUGAUGAGAAUAUUAAUAAACAAAUUGAAGUCCAACACAACACUUUUGAGGUUCCUGACAUGAAUGACUCGAAAGUAGCUCCAUCAAGUCGCACAACAUAUCUAGAUAUCGGUAGGGAAGCCUUGAGAAAAUCAAAAUUUAUUGACAGAAGUUUCAAAAAAAAUGUAACUUUUCGAGGAAUCGUUGACCCUCCGUUUAAGAGGCCAAACACAGCAAGGAGGAGAAAAGAUCCUGCAAUAACUUCGCCUCACCAGAUAGUUGAUGAUGUAGUAAAUGUUGUUAAAGGAACAGAAAUUUCGGAAGGAAGAUAUCUCAGAAAAUUUCUCGUUAAAUUUGUUAAUGAGCUCACUAAAAAAUCCAGUUAUGUCUGGGUCAGUGAAGCUGAUAUUCCUAAAUGCGAUGUUGAUCGUCUAAUCCAAAUUUAUAUGAAGCAUUUAGGUAAUUAA